CUUCCAGCUGCAGUUUCAGUCUCUCUUUUCCUCAGUAGCAGAGCGGCAGACUUUCAGUGCUGGAUGUGAGGAUGGAGCACACUUUGAUGCUGCCAUUAUUCUUGCUGAAUACACUCCUCUGCUGUGGACACGCUCAAGUUCCCAACAGGGCCGUUGUGACUCUUCAACCCAACUGGACUCAGAUCUUCAGUGGUGAGACGUCCACUGUCAGAUCACAGAAACCAAAGGCUGAACUGAGCUCUGACAGGAGAGACUUUCCAGCAGGGGGCAGUGUGACCCUGAGCUGCUCUGUGAACCCGUCAUCUGGUUGGAAAUACUUCUGGUACAGAGGAGAAAAACCUCUGAACCCCUGAACACACAAGAUGCUGUCUUCAUCUCAGAUGGACAAAUCAGUGUCUCACAGGGAGGACUCUACUGGUGCAGAGGAGGAAGAGGAGACCCAGUUUACUACACAAAGUACAGUGAUCCAGUCAGCAUCGAUAAAAUGAUCACAAACAGGGCUGUUGUGACUCUGCAACCAAACUGGUCUGAAAUAUACUCAGGAGAGACGAUCACUCUGAGAUGUGAGAUCAAGGACGGAGGAGACACUGAGUGGGAGUACGAGUGGAAAACAUCCAGCUCAGACAAACCUUUAAAGCAAAAUGAACACUGGAUUAGAUCUGCUUACUCAGCCCUGAGUGGAGACUACAGGUGUAAGGGCAGAAUGAAAAGUGCACAGCAGACUUCAACAGACUGGAAGCCCCAGCCUUUCCUCACUGUGUCUCCAUCCUGGCUGAGUCCUGGAGCCUCAGUAACUCUGAGCUGCAGAGUUAAAGAUCCAUCUGCAGGAUGGAGGUUCUUCUGGUUUAAGGCUGUUCCCAAACUAUCAGACUACUCCUACGACCAAGAGCUGCUACCUGGCAGCAGCAACGGGACUGAACAGGAUUCCUACAUCGUUCAUGGACAGACACACACAGCAGGAUAUAAGUGCAGAGCUGGAAGAGGAGAUCCAGUGUAUUACACUUCUUACAGUGAACCAAAGUUUGUCUGGUCUGGAGAUUUUUAUCCAGCAGCGUCUCUCGCAGUGAGUCCUGACAGAGUGCAGCACUUCAUCGAAAAGUCCGUGUCACUGAGCUGUGAAGGAAACUCUGCUGAGUGGAGAGUGAGAAGUUUUUCUAAAUCUGGCCACCUGACACACUGUUCUUCCUGGGGGAUAAAGACUGGAUCCACAUGCAAUGCCAAUAAAUCACAGUACAUUGAUGGAGUGGUCUGGUGUGAGUCUGACACAGGACAGUUCAGCAACGCAGUCAACAUCACUGUACAGACGUCCAGCUCUCCAUUUCCUGUGCUGUUGAUCGUUGGGCUGGUUAUUGGCAUCUUUCUGGUUGUUCCCCUGCCACUGCUGCUGUGUUGGUACAAGAAGUCCAAGGGCUCAUCCAGACUCAGAGAACCAAUCAGAGCUCUGCUAUCGUCCAAACGUAAAGGGGAAGGAAACACAGACUCUAAACUCAGAAGAAGAAUAGGUUUAGUGAAAUGUGUCUUCUGUUCCUGGUUUUUCUUUAGACAGUUAGAAGGAUUUCUCAGAAACAGAGUCACAGAGUCGGUGCCGGAUAUGAGUAUGGGACACACUUUGCUCUGUUUGCUGGGGGUUUUCUUGCUGAAUAUCCUCCUCUACUGUGGACAUGCUCAAGAUUCUCUGCUAACCAUUGAGCCAAACUGGUCCCCUUUAUUUACUGGAGAGUCUGUGACCUUCAUAUGUGACAUGAGGGAAGGAAAAGACACUGACUGGUAUUACAGAAUGAACAAGGAUGGUCGAGAAUUUCUCCACUACAACACAAAUAAAAACUACACAUUACAACCACUAGAUACAGGCCACAGUGGUGAAUACCAGUGCUUUGGAAGUCUCAAGGUCUCAACAUAUUUGCCAAAGGAAAGUAAUAAAGUCUCUCUAACUGUAUCAGCACAGAGACCAAAGGCCAAACUGAGAGCUGUCAGGAGAGACUUUCCAGCAGGGGGCAGUGUGACCCUGAGCUGCUCUGUGAACCCGUCAUCUGGUUGGAAAUACUUCUGGUACAGAGGAGAGAAAACCUCUGAACCCCUGAACACACAAGAUGCUGUCUUCAUCUCAGAUGGACAAAUCAGUGUCUCACAGGGACGACUCUACUGGUGCAGAGGAGGAAGAGGAGACCCAGUUUACUACACAGAGGACAGUGAUGCAAUCGUCACAAACAGGGCUGUAGUGACUCUGCAACCCAACUGGCCUGAGAUAUACUCAGGAGAGACGAUCACUCUGAGAUGUGAGAUCAAGGAUGGAGGAGACACUGAGUGGGAGUAUGAGUGGAAAACUACGAGCUCAUACAAACCUCAAAAACAGAAUCAAUACAUCAUCAGAUCUGCUUCAUCAUCACACAUUGGAGAGUACAGGUGUCUGGGCAGAAUGAAAAGUGGAAAGUUUUCAACAGACUGGAGUGAUGCUUUCACAUUGACACUAUCUUACAAGCCCCAGCCUGUCCUCACUGUGUCUCCAUCCUGGCUGAGUCCUGGAGCCUCAGUAACUCUGAGCUGCAGAGUUAAAGAUCCAUCUGCAGGAUGGAGGUUCUUCUGGUUUAAGGCUGUUCCCAAACUAUCAGCCAACUACUACGACCAAGAGCUGCUACCUGGCAGCAGCAACGGGACUGAACAGGAUUCCUACAUCGUUCAUGGACAGACACACACAGCAGGAUAUAAGUGCAGAGCUGGAAGAGGAGAUCCAGUGUAUUACACUUCUUACAGUAUAGCAAAGUUUGUCUGGUCUGGAGAUUUUCAUCCAGCAGCGUCUCUCACAGUGAGUCCUGACAGAGUGCAGCACUUCACCGAAGAGUCCGUGUCACUGAGCUGUGAAGGAAACUCUACUAAGUGGAGAGUGAGGAGGUUUUCUAAAUCUGGCCACCUGCCACACUGUUCUUCCUGGGGGACAAUGACUGGAUCCACAUGCAACACCAAUAAAUCACAGUACAUUGAUGGAGUGGUCUGGUGUGAGUCUGAAACAGGACAGUUCAGCAAUGCAGUCAACAUCACUGGGCAGGGCAGUGAUUUGAUCCUGGUGAGCCCUGUCCAUCCUGUGGCUGAGGGAGAGUCUGUUACUCUGAGCUGCAAGUUAAAGACAGAAAAUGUUCUUUCUAAUGUAGAUUUCUAUAAAAAUGGAAAACUCAUCCAAAAUAAAACCAGAAAGGAGCUGACUCUCCCUGCAGUGUCAAAGUCAGAUGAAGGCUUUUAUAAAUGUGAAGGAAGAGAGUCACAAGGUCAGCUGAGUCGAUCAUCACCAGAGAGUUGGAUGUCAGUAAAAUCGCCUGAAAGCUCUCCAUUUCCUGUGUUGUUGAUUGUUGGGCUGGUUUGUGGAGUUUUACUGAUUAUUCUCCUGCUGCUGUUUCUGCAUCGCUGCAGAAAGUCAAAAGAUUCAUGCUUUAUCAGCAGGUCUCAGAGCACCAAUCAGGGCUCUGCUACAGAUCACAUGAUCAACCAGGAUGAAACUCAACACAAAAAAUACUCUUCUCCUCUCCAUGAUGAUGCUCGUCUCUAUGAAUCAAUCAAAGGCCCUGAAGAAAUUGAAAAUGAGGAAUUCAGCGAGGUCACAUAUGCUUUGAUUGAGCUGAAAAACAUUGCUAAGAAGGACAAUCUGAUGUAUGCAGAGGUUCACUCCUAUGAUAAAGCCAAGAAAGACAAAGGAAACUCAAGUCCUGCAGCAGCGGAUGAAACCGUUUAUUCUGAAGUCAAACUGGGAACGACUGUUCAGUGACAUUAUAAUGUACAUAUUGUUAUUAGUCACUUUAGUGAUUUAUUUUACAGAUGGUCACAUUGGUUAUAAAUGGGUGUAAAAUGCCAUAAA